AUGAACAUCAAGGGGAUAUUGGUCUACGUCAUGGCCUCCGUCGUGAUUUUUCCUGUGGCCAGUCAGUUCACACGGAAUAUAUAUACUGUUUGUAACAGUGUGGAACAGUGCUUCGCUGUCAGUGAUGUAAGGUUCUAUCCGAUCUUCCAUAGCUGCGAGGGCGACCUAGAUCCAAAGCCGUGCUGCAACCGCAAAUGCACGCCGCUGAAUUGCGCAAAUGUCAAGGCGUGUCAGACCGAGCAUGUAACCAAGACAAAGUACCAGGAUUAUGCAACGAAUCUCUGUUCUAUUCAGUUUUCUGGCGGGAAGGAGUUCAACGAUUGCUGCAUUCGAUGGUGUGUGAAUGCAUAA